GCCCUCCCUUUUUUCUCUCUCCCUCAAGAUUUUUGUUUUGUUUUCAGCUUCUGGAAAAGAAGAUUUCAAGAGGCGAAGAUUAUCCAGGUCGAGUGAUUUGAUCGGGGAGAACAGGAGAGCGUAACCAUGGAGCAUAAUUUCGGGGUGAAUUUUGUUCCUCCCGAGCUGGAUCGCGGGUCGGAAUCGUCCGCAACGUUGGAGUCCCGGAGCGAGUCGGCUCGAUCGAACUCGUUCGAGUCCGCUGUCACGGUCGAGAGCUCGCGGUGCUGCUGGUGCGAGUCGUGCUGUGAUGCCCAUACGAGACCGGAUGAGUGCAGUGGUUGGACGGAUGAGAAACACAAUUCAUAUCUCGAUUACUUGGAGAAGUCGUUUGUCAGGAAGUUGCACUGCCUGAUGGGAGGAAAGACUCAUAGAUUAUUCACAACUCAUGAUCUGCCAACUAACCCUUGCAAAUCCAGUGAUCAGUUUGUCCGCUGGCAGAAGAUUAACUUUGGAAAUAAGAGGGCUCGUUUGGACACCUCAUCUGACUUUUCUCUUCAUGAAAAUCCAGCGGCAAACCAUUUUUCAGGAAACAGUGGAAGUUACACUGCUGUCCGAGGAGGUUUGUUAUGUAACGAGAAAACCAACCACUCUGGUGACAAGGUUUUGCCCGGGACAUCCUUGAAAAAUCUUGUAGGACAUGAAUGUUCCACUGAAAUCACUGCAGGCUCACCUGGAGGAGGAUAUCAAAAACUUUAGUUCUAUUCUACCUCAGAAAUGCCUUAAAGAGUUCACUCUUUUUCAUUAUUUGCAAGAAGAAGGGAAGAACGAUGAUGAUGGUAUUGUAGCUCUUUCCGCUGUUUACGAUUCAGAGGGGUCGGGUCAGAACUUCACAGACGGAGAGAAAGAAGAAAGGCCAUUUCAGAUCCAAAACUGGAGUGCUCAACCAACAACAAUCAGGUAAAUUAAAACAAGAACACCCUUUUCUCCGAAUGCACCACUUGGAUGGAUCUGGAACCGUUAGCUAAAGUUUGCUGCAACAAAAGGGUGUUUCAGAGUGCCCAACAACAGGAGCCUCCCAUAGAUGCUUAGGACAAGAGGGUUGCGUGUCAUGUGUUUGUUAGAGUUAAUGUGAAAGAUAUUCGAAAAGAUUAUUGUGAUAUUAGAUUUGAUUUCACAGAAAAAGCCUUCCUCAGAUUGAAACUGGGACCUGAAAGGAGCAAAACCUAUGAAGUGAAGUGAAAGUGCUGUGAUCUGAGGUUGAAGGCACAUCUGACGACUGAUGAUGAACCCAGUUUGUAUAGAAGAGAGGCUGGUUUUGUCCUCUUUUAAUUAGUCUUUUGAUAUUUUUUUCCUCAUGGAUAUGUAAUUUUGAUAUUUUUUUUCUUUGAGAAAAAUGGGAACCAUGCCAUAUUCGUUUAUCUGCUCUCCUUAAUUGUUCUUGAAGAGCCUAGGAUAUAUAUAUUUGAGGGCAUAUACCUUUGUAUUAAAAGGAAUAUACACUUUUGAAAGUAUUCUCUUUUUUUU